CGGAGACCGCAAGGGGCGGCGCAGAGGCGGAACGGGCCGGCCGCGAGCCGCGCAGGAAGCGCCAAGCAUGCCCCGCGACAACAUGGCCUCCCUGAUCCAGCGCAUCGCUCGCCAGGCUUGUCUCACCUUCCGCGGCGGCUCGACGGGCUCCGAGGCGCCAGCACCCGGCUUCCCGGAGAACCUGAGCCAGCUCAAGAGCCUGCUGACCCAGGUUCGCGCCGAAGACCUCAACAUCGCACCGCGCAAGGCGCUGCCGCAACCUCUGCCGCGGAACCUCCCGCCGGUCACUUACAUGCACAUCUACGAGACGGAGGGCUUCAGCCUGGGCGUGUUCCUGCUCAAGAGCGGUACGUGCAUCCCGCUGCACGACCACCCGGGCAUGCACGGUAUGCUCAAGGUGCUGUACGGCAAGGUCCGCAUCAGCUGCAUGGACAAGCUGGACACGGGGGCCGUGCAUCGGCGGCCGCCGCCUGAACAGCAGUUCGAGCCCCCGCUGCAACCUACGGAGAGGGAGGCCGUGCGACUGGGCGUACUGCGCUCCCGGGCCGAGUACACCGAAGCCAGUGGUCCCUGCGUACUCACUCCACACCGGGACAACCUGCACCAGAUUGAUGCGGUGGACGGGCCAGCCGCCUUCCUGGACAUCCUGGCCCCACCCUACGACCCGGAGGACGGCCGGGACUGCCACUAUUACCGUGUGAUGGAGCCCAUCAAACCCAAGGAGGCUUCCGGCUCUGCCUGCGACCUUCCCCGAGAAGUAUGGCUCCUGGAGACCCCACAGGCCGACGACUUCUGGUGCGAGGGAGAGCCCUAUCCAGGCCCCAAAGUCCUACCCUGAAGCUCCUGCCGCCCGGGAACUGUGGGCCCUCUCUACCUACCAUAAGGGCUCUUCUCUCUCUGUCCCCUCGCCUGGACGAUGGAUUUACUGAAAUGACCAGCGCCACGUCUUGAGCAACCUUGGGGAGCACGGCCCACUGGAGUAUAGCCACCACCGGGCACGGUUAUGGGGGCGGGUGGGCGGGAGGCUAGGUUGAUUCCUGGUUUUGUCACUGCCACCAAGGCUUUGAUUUAAAGGAAAGGGGCAGGGACCCUAAAGCGCUUCCACCGUAAAGCCAUAAGGAAAACAGUUUGGUUUUCAUUCUCUACAAAAUACACUAAGUGAUUUUGAA